AUGCGUCUUGCCCGCUGCGCGACCUUCCUCGCGGCCGCCCGGCCCGGGCACGCAUUCGCGCUCCCGCCGUGGAGUCAGAUCCGAGCGGCGGCCGGGCCGCCCGCCGACCGCCUCUUUGAGGCCCGGCAGCGCCUCUUUGGCGGCGGCGCUCCUGAGGUCAUCUUCUGGCGCGACAGCGCCGGCUGGUGCCCCUUUUGCGAGAUCACCUGGCUGGUGCUGGAGGAGAUGGAGGUGCCGUAUGAGGUGAAGACGGUGCCUCUUCGGCGGUACAUGCUCGAGGGCGAGACAAAGGACGCCGAAUACACGCGUUUGGUCGGGCCAGAGGGGGUGGUGCCGGGAGUACAGUUCCGGGCCGCCUCUGGCUUUGGGCCGGCGGUGCAGUCCGUCGAGCGAAUCUGCGACGAGCUGCGCCGCAGGUACCCGGAGCGCUACCCGGCGGGCAGCGACGCCGUGCGCGCGCGCGCUUGCGAGGGCGAGGCGUCCGUGUUUGGGCGGCUGCGCGUCGCCCGCCGGUCGUACGAAGCGUGCGCCGGCGCGCAGAGCUCGGCCCUCGUCGCGCUGCAGCCCCUCGCUUCGGCGCUCGCCGACCUGGACGGCAUGCUCGCCGAGGGCGGCCCGUGGCUGGACGGGCCCCGCCCGAGCGUCGCAGACCUGAUGCUCCUCCCCUUCCUCGAGCGCACCGAAGCGGCCGUCCCGUACUUCUUCGGCGAGGACGCGCUCGAGCGCGCAGGCACUUGCGCUGCGCCGAAGGCGGGCGCGACGCCGCGGUACGGAGUCCCGUCGCUGCGGGUCGACGCGGCGGCGGCGGCGGCCAUCGACGGCAUCACCGCCGAGGCGUGCGACGCGUGGGCGGCGGCGGCGACGGCGGAGGAGCGGCGCGAGGCGGCGGGCAGGCUGGCCGGGCAGCCGGGGCUUGUCGCCGCGUUUGCGCGGCGUUGCGCAUGGCUGCCCGACUGCGCUGCCGGCGGCGGUGCUGCGGCCGAAGGGGCUGGCGGCGAUGCCGUCGAGUUCGCUCUCCGCUCCGCCGCGUGGCUGCUGCUCCGCUGCCAGGGCGGCGGAACGUCUCAGGUCCGCUCGGAGGCGGAGGCGGCGGCUCGCGCGCUGCGGAGCGCGCACGGGAGCGCCGCCGCCGCGGACGCCGCCGCGGCGCUGGCUGCCCUCUCCCUCAACGUGGGCGUGCCGCGCGACAUGGGAGAGGGCGCGGCGAGGGCGUUGCGCGCGCACUUGCGCAUCGUGUCGGACGCUCUCUCGGCCGAUCCGCUGCCGCCGAGGCCGCGCUCUGCUCGCAGCUCGCGCGCUCGCAGCGGCGGCGCGGCGUGCCAGCUCAGCUCCGGCCUCACGUACUCGGACGGCGCCGGCCAGCGCCUGGUCAGCGUGCAGAAGCCGCUCGGGCUCGUGAUCGAGCCGGUCGGCGAGGAGGGGGCGCGCGACCAAGGGGUCUGCGUCGCGGAGGUUGGCGAAGGCUCGAACGCCGAGCGGGCGGGCGUGCGUCCGGGCGACGUGCUUCUCGCCGUCAACAACGUGGACCUCGCCUCGGCGUCGCUCGAGCGAGUUCUGGGCGCGAUAUCCGCCGUCCCCGGGAGGGCCGUCAACCUCCGCUUCCAGACUACUCCGCGUGAGUCGUGA